AUGGACUUGGCCGUGCUAGUGAACGAGUCCUGGCCCAACGCCUCACUCCCUUCCUCCUCCUCCUCCACUAGCCCCUUCACUGGCCUGGACCUCCUGUUCCACCUCAAGCCCCUCUUCAUCCCCCUGUAUGCCCUGCUGGUGCUGGUGGCCUGCACGGGGAACCUGCUCCUCAUCCUUCUCAUCGCGCUCACCAAGAAGCUGCACAGCACCACCAACUUCCUCAUCGGGAACCUGGCGGCGGCCGACCUGGUCAUGUGUCUGUUCUGCGUGCCGCUCACCGCGACCUACGCCUUCGAGCCGCGCGGCUGGCUCUUCGGCAGCUUCACGUGCCACUUUGUCGCGCUCAUGCAGGCUGCCACAGUGCUGGUGGCGGUCCUCUCACUCACUGCCAUUGCGGUUGACCGCUAUGUUGUCGUGGCGUACCCAAUCCGCAGGAGGGCUGGCCGUCGCCACUGCCUCUACCUGGUGGGAGCCAUCUGGCUGGCUUCCUUGGCUCUCUCGACCCCCACCUCCCUCCACACCACCCACCUGGACCUGAGAGAAGCGGGCCACAACAUGGCCAUCUGCGAGGAGUUCUGGCAGGACCAGGAGAAGGAGCGGCUCAUCUACUCCUGCUCCCUGCUCCUGCUCUCCUACCUCAUUCCCCUCUCAGCUAUCUCCAUCUCUUACUGCGCCAUCACUCGCCACCUCUGGAAGAGGAGCAUCCCCGGAGCGGCCCCUUCCUCAAACUGGGAGCGCUGGGCCCGCAAGAAGCAAAAGACCUUCCGGCUCCUGCUGGUCUCUGUGCUCUCCUUUGCCCUGUGCUGGCUGCCCAUGCAGGUGGUCAACCUGAUUAUGGACCUGGAUGCGGACUUCACCAUCCUGGAUAAGAGUUACGUCAAUGUGGUACAGGUCUCCUGCCACCUGGUGGCCAUGAGCUCCGCCUGCUACAACCCGUUCAUCUACGCCUCGCUCCACGAGAAGUUCCGCUUCCACCUGGGCAGGUACUUCUCUCGGGGGCACCAGGGCAGCACGCAGAGCCGGGGGGGCAGGGGCAGCAGUACUCUCACCCACACCCACACCCUGACCUCCCAUCGAAUCCCCCAGAUACACACCUGCUUCACCAUGGAGGACAUCCCCACCGACAAGUUGGUGCUGGGGAGGCACGUCUCCUUCCACUAG